AUGGAUUCCCUACUGUCCCAACUCGAUACGCUCGUUCUCAAGCCCGAGCUAGCACCGCUACUGUCGCUAGUGAAGGGCGCACGCAAUGGAAUUGUCUACGGCUCGAAAGUGCGCUUUCCACAUGCGCUGGUGAUGAUAUUUUUGUUCAGAUCUGGAACGAUACGGGAAAAGACCUUCCUCGUGUUAAAAGCAACGCGCCAGCAUGCACGUAACCUCGCCACAUUUGCUGUUAUUUACAAAGCCUCGAUGGUCCUUCUCCGGAAUCUCCCUGGCGGUGCCGGGAAGGAGGGCCGAUAUGAUAGUUUCUUUGCAGGCCUGCUGGGCGGGUAUGCAGUUUUCGGACGACAGCGGGGUAGUAUUAGCCAGCAGAUCGUCAUUUAUGUCUUUGCGCGCGUGAUGCUUGCUCUCGCCAAACUCGCCAUCCAACCUAACAUGAACCCCAUCUCCCACCUCAUCACACGCGAUACCCGCACUCAAAUUACGAAUAACGCGUACCCCGUAUUCGCCAGUAUGACCUGGGCGAUGGUCAUGUACAUUUUCCGGUGGCACCCGGAGACUCUGGCAUCAAGCUUGCGCAGUAGCAUGGUGUACAUUUAUGGUGACUCAGACCAUUGGGAUUCCCUCCGCACGCUUCUCGUACACAACAAAUGA